GCGUAAGUUUCGUAGACGGGUCGCGGCGGCGGCGUUGAGGGGUCGUCUCGGUUCGCACGCGCCCGUCACGCGGCGUCAUCGUACUCGUAUCGAAAAAGCCGCGCAUCUUCCGCAUCGCUGCGGCCGCACACGACGCCUCCUGUGGCUUUCUGAAGGCUGCGCCCCGAACCCGUUUUGACAGUUCGAGGUGUCGUUUUUUGCACAGUGCGCCGUGCCGCAAAUCACCGGUCGAACUGAUUGAGUUCUGAACGGCUGUGACAGCACGAAGGAAUAGUUUGCUCACCACAAGCGCUGCGGCGUAGUGAUUAGGGCGCUAGGCGAGCAGCACAGCCCUGGUGAGCAUAAAGCUGCACAAAAACGCGGCGCGCGUGUGAAGCGCUGUAAACGAAGACAAUGGACGACGACGACGCCCAGUUUCUGGUCGUAGAGCUCGCGGCCGGCGUGAACUGCCAAGAUUUGAGCGAGACGCUCGGCACUGCGCCAUUCGAGCACGCGAAUUACCAGUGGCUCGUGCUCGGUUCGACACCGGCGGGCAACGCCGUCGUCGCGGCCGUCGCCGGUGCUGAAGUGGCGCCGGAGCCGACGAAGCGCCUCGCGGGCUGGCUCCAGGACCGGCUCGUCGCGGCCGGCGCGGCGCACGGCGUCGCGCCCUACCGGAUGACCGGCGAGGCGGCGCCGGCGCCGGCACCAGUACAACAACGGCUCGCACCGGCACCAGUACAACAACGGCGCGCGCGCGUCGCGCCGGCCGAGGCUUACCGAAGGCGCCGCGCCGCGGAGGCCGCGCAGGAGCCGCCGCGCGCCGCGGAGAAGACCCGGGACGAGCCCAUCAGGUGGGCCGUGCCCCCGCCGCCGCCCCCUUCACGUAUCUUGGAACGGCCGCCGACGCGCGGCAAGGGCCGACAGAUGGCCGCCGACUUCCCCCCGCCGCCGCCCUCUACAAAUCCUCCGAAGGCCGCCGUGCGCGGGCGACGGCCGCCGCCGCCCUACCCGAAACCUGCCGAGCCGCCGAAGAAGCGCCCGUCCAUCUCUGUCGAAGGCGCACCAUCAGAGCCUCCGCUCAAGACGCCGCCUCCACAAACGCGCCAGGAGCCGCCGCCGCCGCCGCGGCCUCGCGGGCCCACGUUAACCGACCUGGAGAAGCCGACGAGCCCCCACGACGACGCUCUUUUGAGGCGGCGCUUCGAGAAACCCACGUCGCCGGUCGAGCAAUUUCUGGCCCGAGAACGGGCCGCCUCGCCCCCGGGCAUGUUCGAGCGGCGAUCCUCGCCCUUCGCGCCGAUUGAGGAGCGAGCGCCGUCACCCUCCCAGGGGCCGUCGUCGCCCUUUGACGAUGAGUUACUGAGGCGACGACGACCGUCGCGCGAGUCGUUUCCUCAGGACGAGGACGACCCAAUCCCGAAGGACCCCGACGACACGUCGUCCUUGCAAGCCAUCCAGCAGGCCGCGCAGAACGUCCAGAAGAACCUGCCGAUGCGCGGUUCGAGACCCAAACCCAAGGGGCCGCCGCCGGUCCGCCCGCGGCCGUCGCAGCCGCCUCCGCGUUCCACAAACAUGCAGCAAUCGAUAAAUGAUGCGAAGAAGGCCGUGGCGCUUUCGGGUCCCUCUCUACCUAGGGUUGCGGUGGCCGAUUCGCGAGCGGCCCUCGCGGCGGCGAAGGCCGCGUUCCCGUCGCCCGAACGAGCGGAUCAAGCGUCUUUGGACGCGGCGCGGUCGGCCUUCCCGUCGCCCGACGGUAAAAGGGCGACGUCGCCUCCAGCAGGGCCUCUAUCGAAGAAGCCGCGCGUGCCCGGGCCCGCGUCCCUGGACGUGGCCGAGCCUGUGGUCGUGGAGCAGCCGCAGACGUCGCCCGUGGAAGUCGUGCCGGUCAAGGCGCCCGACGCUAUGAGGUUGCCGGACCAACCGGUGCCGAAGCCGCGCGGCCCUCCCUCCAGACCGCCGCCCGGCUCGAUUCCCGCGCCGAAGCCGCGCGCGCGACCGGCGCCCAGCACGGUGCCGGCGAAGCGGCCGCCGCCGAGCAUGGCGCCCGACGGCGGCGGCCGCGAGGGACCGUCUACGACGGCGAACGCGCCGCCGGCCACGGCCCUGCGCCGCACCGCGAGCUCGGGCUCGACGCCGACGGCCCGCGAUAGCGUGCCGGAGCCCAUGGUCUUCGCGUCGGACUUGGUGGACUCGCGCGAGGCCUCGCCGGAGACGGUGCCGCGCGGGAUGCCCGAGGCGCCUGUCGUUGCGGCCCCGGCCGCGGAGCCCGUCUUACGGAACCCGGCCCAGGCGGCCCUGCGCGACGACGCACCGGCGCCGACGGCGGCCGCGGAGCCCGUAUUACGGGAACAGAAACCGCCGGCGCCGGCCGCGGCGCCCGUCCCGCGGAACCCGAAACCGACGGCGGAGCCCGUCCUGCGCAACCCGGCCCAGAGUCUACUGAGGGACGACGUGUCCGAGCCCGCGCGGCCGCCCGACGGACCCGCCGCGGACCGCUGGGCGCCCGUGAAGCCGGAGAAGCAGGCCGCUUCAGUCCUACGGUCGUCGGCCGACACGCCCGUCUUCCGCAACGCGCCGAAGCCUGCUGAAAUACGAGCCAAGGCCGACGCAUCACUCGAAGCGGCGAAGGUCGAGCGCGCCGCCGAUGACAAGGAAGAAAAGGAUGACAAGCUCGCGCGCGCCCAACGCAUUAAGCAAGAGAAGGAGGCCGCGAAGGCCAAGGCUCUUGCGGAGAGGGAGGCCAAGGCCGCGCAGCUCAAGGCCGAGAAGGCCCGGCGCGACGAGGAGAAGGCACUUGCGGCCCAAAAAUUGAAGGACGAGAAGGACGCCAAGGCCGCGAAACUUAAGAAUGAGCGGGAGGCGAAGACCGCGGCCCUCCAGAGGGAGAAGGAAUCGCGAGAAGAGGCGAGGCGCCUCGAGCGGGAGAAGAAGGAGCAAGCGUUGGCCAAGGCGAAGGCGGACAAGGAACUGGCCGCCAAACAACGGCUGGAGGAGAAGAAGGCGAAGCAGGCCGAGGCCCAGGCGAAGCAGCAGGCGGCGGAGGCCCAGAGGCAGGCUCAGGCCGAGGCGCGCAAGGCCGAGCGCGAGGCCGCCAAAGCCAAGGCCCAGGCCGAGGCCGCCUCUCGCAAGGCCGAGGCCGCGACGAAAGCUGCCGAAGCUCGCGCGCGCAAGGAGGCCGCUGAACUGGAGAGGAAGGCUAAGUUGGCCGCUGCUCGUGACGAGGCCGCGGCGCGGAAGAGCGCCGAGUUGAAGGCCAAGGCCAAGGCCGUCGAAGAUCAGAAGAAUGAGGCGUCUCUGAAAAAAGUCGAGGCGGCCCACGCGCGCGCGCGGAGCAAGUCGCCCAAGCCGCCCGCGACCGGUCGGACCCGGAGCAAGUCCCCCAAGCCCGCUACUACGGUGCUCAAGCCCGUCGCCAAGCCCGCGGGCAAGCCCAGCGAGCCCACGGCGGACGAGCUGCGGAGGGCCAAGCUCCGCGAGGAGAAGGCCGCGGCGCAAGCCAAGGCCUCGGCCGACCGCGACGCGAAGAUCAAGCAGGCCAAGCUCGACCGCGAGGCGAAAGCUCAGAAGCAGAAGGAGGAGAAGGCUUUACAAGCCGCGAAGCUCAAGGCCGAGCGCGAGGCCAAGGCCGCGAAAGCCAAGGCCGACAAGGAAGAGGCCAAGAGAGUGCAGGACAAGGCAAAAGCGGACCGCGCCGCGGCCGCGAAGGCUCGGUUGGAGGCUCGCGCCGCCAAGGAGGAGGCGGAGAAGGCGGCGCGCUUGGAAGCCCGCAAGGCCUCGCUCGCGAAGAGGGCUUCUGAGAAGCCGCCGCCUCCAGCAUCUAAGGUGCCGCGGCCGACGCCGCAACCUCCCCGGGAGGAAGAGAAACCUCCAGAGAAGUCCGAGGCGAUGAAACGGAAGGAGGCCGAGCAGGCCCGCGCCGACGCGAAGCUGCGCGAGGAGGCCGAGAAACUGAGGGCAAGGGAGGCCAAGGCGGCCCAAGCCAAGGAAGCAGCGAGACGCGAGGCCGAGGCGCGCAAGAACGCCGCAGCGGCCGCGCGCGGCGACAAGGUCGCGCGCAUGAAGGCGGAACGCGAGGCCAAGGCCCAGGCUGCGAAGAACGCGCUGGCCGAAUCCGCGGCGAAGGCCAAAGCUGAGCGCGAGGCGAAGAUGCAACGAGCGCAAGCUUUGAAGCGCGAGAAGGAGCUCGCCGCGACGAAAGCCAAAGCGGAUAGGGCCGCCGCCGCGAAGCUGCGCCUCGAGGAGCGCGCGGCGCAAGCUUUGGCGGACAAAGAAAGGCGAGAGAAAGAGCGAAAGGAGAAGAUAGCGGCCAUGGCCAACGCGCCGCCGCGCAUCGUCAAGCCGCUCCGCCGGUCGCAGAAGAAGGUCGUAAGGCCGCCCUUGCCGGAGCACCUGAAGGGCCGCGCGCGGCACUCGAAGCCGACGACGGUGCCCGUGCCCUUCGCCCUCGGGUCAGAUAGGGAGAACGUCGACCCGACGUCGCCGGGCACGCCCGUGCCGCGGCGGACGCUGCCCUACCCCAUCUCGCCGGUCGUCUUGAAUGAGGGGCCGACGCCGGGCCGCGCGAUCCCGCACUCGCCGGACGCGCGCGUCGUGGCGCACGCGCGGAACGUGGAGGUGUUCCUGACGACGCUCGAGCGGCGCCUCGCCGGCAACGACGCGAUCCUGUCGUCGAUCCUGGCGAAGUGACCUUCCUUUUUUGCCUACUCCGUGGUAACGGGGUUUUCGUGUUCGAAUCUCUAGCUUGGUGUUCGUUGGGUUUCGUGAUUCAUCGACGACCGCGCGUCCGAGACCUCCGGGUUUUCUGGUGCGGGCCUCGAGUUCGUGGGCGGAGGCCCCGGGGAGACAGCGCGCGUCGCCGAUUCACCACACGUCGCCGAUUCAUCGGCGUGGGGCGCGGGCCGGCGCGUGAUUCCUACAGUACUUCCUUUUGAAGCACUUGCCUGAGAUAUUGUUACGUGCUACCAUACAUAGGUAUUUUACGCUAGUGCCUUACAGUCGCUAUCUCGUUCGCAAGACUAUUCUCUUUCAAACUAUUGCGCCUGUAAAA